AGCACAUUGAGUGCGAUUGCUAAUAACGGAUGCAGGUCCUAAAAGAAUUUGGCGAUGUCGGAAGUCAAAUAUUUACUCUGCCAAGUUAGCGAACCUUGAGAAGAGCUUCAAUUCAGUAUCCAUGGAGGAAAACGGGAUGCAUGGGAAUGACUCAUGUGCUCCCCACUGCAACGGCGAUUCUCCAUCACCAGAACAUCGGCCAGAAAAAGAAGAAGAGAUUCGAAUCGGUGACCCUCCACUAAGUAAAAGUGCGGGGAAGAAAUUGAAGAAGCUGCAGAGAUAUGAGGAAAAGAAAGCUCGGCAGAAGGCCAUGGCUAAGCAGAUUAAAGAGAGGUCUAAGGAACAGAAGAGGCAGGAUUGGGCCGACAAGCUGGCGGGGCUCGGAGAGGAGGAGCGGUCAAAUCUCAUUCAAGCCAAGGUGGACGCCAGAAAGGAGAGGAGAGCCCAAAUGCUUCAAGACAGACAACUUACCAAGCAAAAACUAAAAAAUGCACAGCAAUCUGGACAAAAUAUAGUGCUUGACCUUGAGCUAUGUGAACUCAUGACCUCCGGUGAGAUCAGCAGCCUCAUGCAACAGAUCAUGUACUGUUAUGCAGCAAACAAAAAAUCUUCAACGCCAGCACAUAUCUGGCUGACUGGUUGUAGAGGGAAAAUCAAAAGCAGGCUGGAGAAAGUUCCAGGCUUUGAUAAUUGGCAUGUUGAAAAGGAAGAGUGCUACUAUAUUGAAGCAUUAAAAGAGCGGAAGGAUAAUCUGGUCUAUCUUACUGCAGACUCAGAAAAUGUUGUUAAAGAACUGGAUUCAUCUAAAAUUUAUAUUAUUGGUGGACUUGUGGACCGCAAUAGAUUUAAAGGAAUAACCAUGCAGAAAGCAGAAGAUCAAGGCAUUCAAACAGUAAAGCUUCCAAUUUCAGAACACUUGAGGAUGACAAGUUCCCAGGUCCUAACUGUGAAUCAGGUGUUUGAAAUUCUCAUCACGUAUUUAGAGUUAAAAGAUUGGAAGAAAUCUCUAAUGAAGGUUAUACCACAGAGAAAAAGAUCUGAAGUUGAUUAUAGUGACCCAAGUAAUGAGGCAAAGAAGGUGACUGUUUCUAAUGAUAAUAGCGGAGAGGAAACUUCUUGUACUUUUGAGUCUACUGAAAAGGAGGAGGAAGUGACACUUCAAACAUAAACUUAUUUAUAGAGGCUAUGUUUAAAACUUAAUAUUGCUUAAUAAUUCAGAGAUAAAGCCCUUGAAGUUGUUUCUUCCUUUAUUUAUACUUGUCUGCAUUAUAUGCUUGUCAAGAACACAAGCAUUUUGAUUAUACGGAUUGAAAUGGAAGUGUGCAUUGGUCUC